CUCUGGUAUUAUGAUUUAUUAAAAUUCACCAUAGACCAAGAAACUCCAUCAAACAGCAUAUGUAAUAUUGGUAACAUAUGUAUCAAUGUUUCUGAUAGUUGUAACGAUGAAACAAAUGAGGAAACAAAUUUUGAACAGAAUAAUGACGACGAUGAUGGAGGAUCAGUGUUGGAGCUUACAAAUAUAGAUACAGCUAGUAUUAUAGAUCAGCCAACAACUUCGAAGUUUUUCUCUGCUCCUCAGCCAGCACAGACACUGUGUUCCACUAAAAAAAACGCACCGUUGCAGAUCGCCAAGUGGAAUUUAUGAAGGCGUGUACCCAGGCACUAAGUCAAAGUGCAGAAAUAAAUGAGUAUGAUGCGAUUGGAAUUAACGUAGCGGCGAAAUUAAAAAAGAUGGAAAAUAAACAGAGUAUUUAUGCUGAUCUUUUGAUUAACAAUGUCUUAUCUAAGGGAUUAUUGGGAUCAUUAACUCCAGAAACUGAUGUUUAUGAACCAGAAGGAACAAACAUUCGAAAUGAUGAAUUGUAUUUCUCCAACUUGCAGCAAAACAAUACACCUGAAACGAUAGUCCCACAUAUAAAUUAUGAUCUUCAAACGCCUACACUUCCUUUAAACCACCAUAUUUUAUCGAUGCAAUCUUAUAAUAGUUCAGCUCCAGUAUAUUCUCAAUUGUCAAAUGUUAGUGGCUCAUCUUUAAACAGUUCUCCUCAAGAGUAACAAUUCUAUUAUAAUUAUAUUUUUAUAAUUUUAUUACAUUAUUUACUUUUUUUAUUAUAACUGGUAAAACAGUAUUUCAAUUAUUUUUUUUAAUUUGAUAUAAGUGACUCAUUUUUAAAUAUUUUAUUAUUUUGUUCUUUAAUAAUUUGGACUAUUUUUUAUAAUGAUAUCUUGUGGAAAGGUAUUGCAUUUUUUUUUAAAUACAACUAAGUUGAGUUGAACAAGUUUUUUAUUUUAAAUUGUUAUUAAAAUAUA